UGCCACCUUGCCUUUCUCCAGCGCCAGAGAGAUUACGCGUCCUUAUGGAAGUUAAAUUCUACUUAGCAUGAGGCCUUGGAGAUAGGCUCACAUCAAACCAUUUGCGCGAUGGCAGCAGCAAAUACAAGCUCUCUUUCUCGCCAGGAGACCUGGCGGCUCUUCGCCUUGGUGGGAGCCUGCGUCGGCAUCCUUCUGAAUACUUUCCAAGGCGAUGGCGCGCCCUUGGUAGCUUCGCUCGCGUUUAGCGGUAUCGCUUUCGCAGUCGCAUUUAGUAUGAUUCGAUGGCUCGUACCAGUGUUCUUGAAGGCGGGCCUGAAAGGGCGAGAUAUGGCGAAACCCAGAAGACCCGAAAUACCGGAAACAAUGGGAGCCGUUUGUGCUAUUGUCUAUCUCCUUGCUCUGAUAUUCUUCAUCCCCUUUGCCUUUUACAAGGAUAUAGUGGCUGCCACCUCAGGUGGAGGCAACCGAGAUGUCGUAAUCGAGGUAGAACAUGUUGAGACUGGCCGGAUGCUACAUCGGUUUCCGCAUGGAAAGCUUGCAUCCUAUCUUUCCGGUCUUCUUUCAUUGCAAUGUAUCGUCAUUCUCGGAAUUGGCGACGACCUACUUGAUAUCCGAUGGAGACACAAGGUCCUCAUUCCCGCCUUUGGCGCUAUUCCGAUGCUUAUAGUAUACUUUGUGGACUUUGGGGUUACGCAAGUCGUCGUGCCAGUGCCGCUGCAGCCCUAUCUGGGCUCCACUAUCGACCUCGGCUGGUUGUACUAUGCCUACAUGGCGGCCGUGGCCAUCUUCUGCCCCAACUCUAUCAACAUGCUGGCCGGAAUUAACGGAGUUGAAGUGGCCCAGUCUCUGGUGAUAGCGGUUCUGCUGAUAGCAAACGAUGUCCUAUAUCUUGCACCCAUAACACCAUACCCGCAUCCGGCAACGGACUCCCAUCUGUUCUCUCUAUACUUCUUGUUGCCUUUUGUUGGAGUGUCCGCGGCCCUCUUGUGCCAUAACUGGUACCCAUCAAAAGUUUUUGUGGGAGAUACCUAUUGCUACUUUGCGGGUAUGGUGUUUGCCGUCGUUGGCAUCUUGGGUCACUUCAGCAAGACGCUCCUGCUUCUCUUCAUCCCGCAGAUCUUCAACUUCCUAUAUUCAACGCCACAACUCUUUAACUUGAUUCCUUGCCCGCGCCAUCGGUUGCCCAAGUUCAAUUCCGUCACUGGGCUGUUGGAUGCAUCGGUGACCGAAUGGACUGUCCCGCCAUCGCCACUGGUGGCUACUGCCCUAAACCUGCUGCACACAUUACGGCUGGUGCGCGUCACCAAGAACGAACAGGGCCAGAUUGUCGAGUCGACAAACCUCACCAUCCUCAAUCUGUGGCUCGUAUGGGCUGGGCCAAUGAAGGAGAACCAACUGGCGUGGAGUAUGGUGGCUGUACAGACAUUUUGCGGCCUUGCAGGUCUGUUUGUGAGGCACCGCCUCGCACUGCUGGUGUUCCGAGAAGAUAAUCUGGCAUUCGGGAGUUCCGUAUAGUAAUGGGAGUGUGGUAUAGUAUAGAGUGUUAAUUGUAAUCGAG